AUGGAUAAAUUUGAGUUUUUAAAAGUGGAGAUAGAGAAAAUCUUAGAUUCGGAUAAAACAGUGUUAAUCUUCAUUAGACAUGGAGAGACGGAAGCUAAUUUUACAAAAUAGCUGAGCGGUUGGCAUGAUGUCAAGUUGACAGAAUUGGGUUGAAUUUAGGGUCUAUUUUAGGUUUAAAUGAAGGCAAACAAUUAUCAAAAGCAUUUUAACCAUUAAGGGAUCGAUUUGCAGGGAUUUAUUGUUCAGAUUUAAGUAGAGCUAGACUGACUGCUGAAUUAGCUUUAGGAUCAGGAAAUAAGAUAUAAUAAAGUAUGGAAUUAAGAGAACUUAAUUUUGGGGAUCAUCAAAAUAAGGUGUAUUCUGAGGACAACAAAAGCAUAUACGAGAUCUUGUUCACUGAGAAAUAUCAGGCACCCAACGGAGAGAAUUGGAAUGAUGUGAGGAAUCGAAUAAUGAAAUAUUUGAGAUCUCAGAUUCAUAGUAAGGGGGUCUAUUUGAUUUUCACUCAUGGAGUAUGCAUCAUUAUUCAAUAUUUAAGCGAGCCAUCUUCUCUAUGACUCAUUAAUUUGGGUAUAAGAACACUAUAAAGAAUUGUUCAUGCAUUGGUUUAGAAUUGGAUAUCAAUACUCUGGAAAUAAUGAAUUAAUUAUUUUAUUGGGAAUUUCCCACUUAGUGA